AUGGACGAUGUCAUCACAGGAUCAGACGACGUUGAAACGGCGCUGGAAAUGCGAUUUCAACUGGACAAGAUGAUGUCGAGGGGAGGUUUCAAACUAAGAAAAUGGGCUUCCAAUUGCUCCAAGGUGCUGGACGAUAUCUCACCCGAAGAUUUGGCAAUUAGAGAUUCCGAGGAGGUUUCUCUAGAUCCAACGGCUUCCGUAAAAACUCUAGGCCUAACAUGGCUGCCAAAACCCGAUGUGCUAAGGUUCCAAUUCAACAUUCCGGAGUUGGAAGAGGAUACCAAGCUUUCGAAGCGUCAGAUCUUGUCAGUUAUUGCUACAUUAUUUGACCCAUUGGGGUUGCUAGGAGCAGCUAUCACUACGGCAAAAAUAUUUAUGCAGCGUCUGUGGACACUUCAAGAUGAAAAUGGUGGAAAACUGGAAUGGGAUCAGCCACUACCUUCCACGGUGGGUGAGGUUUGGAAGAAGUACCAUGCUCAACUACCAUUAUUCAACACGAUUAGUAUCGAACGCUGCGUGAUCAUACCAAGAGCAAUAUCGGUUGAAAUACACUGCUUUUCUGACGCUUCAGAGAAGGCUUUUGGAGCAUGCCUGUAUCUGCGGAGCCAGAACUCAAGCAAGAAAGUUUUGGUACGGCUUCUCACUUCAAAAUCGAAGGUUUCCCCGCUCAAAUGCCAAACUAUCCCACGGCUAGAGCUAUGCGGUGCACUCUUAGCAGCUCAGCUUUACGAAAAGGUACAAGAUUCCAUCAAAAUGAAGCUAAAAACCUACUUCUGGACGGAUUCCACGUGUGUACUACGUUGGCUUCGAGCCACUCCAACAACAUGGGUCACCUACGUUGCCAAUCGUGUAGCAAAAAUACAAUCCAUCACCGAAGGAUGCUUCUGGGGACACGUGCCUGGAGUCGAAAAUCCAGCAGACCUGAUUUCCAGGGGAAUAUCGCCAGAAGACAUCUUGGAAAAUAAUUUCUGGUGGAAUGGACCGAAUUGGUUGGAAGCGGACCCGACAAGAUAUCCAAAACAACCGGAGAACUCAGCCGAAAUCGGAGAAGAAGAAAGACGACACACUAUCGUGGCGAAUUCUGCUGCAUCACUGGCCGCGUUCAACGAGGACUACUUUAAACGGUUUGCAUCUUACACCGACGUGAUUCACCGGACUGCGUAUUGGCUGCGGUUGAUUAAGCUUCUUCGUAAACCCAGGCACGAGCGAAGGGAUGGUUCCUUCCUCUCUACCGCUGAACUUCGAGAAGCAGAAUACACGCUAAUCAGACGAGUACAAGAGGAAAUGUUCGCCGAAGAGUGGAAGGCGUUGCGGAAAGGCCAGCAUAUGCCAGCGAAAUCUCCGUUACGAUGGUAUAACCCAUAUUUAUCCAAGGACGGAAUUAUCAGAGUAGGUGGUCGAAUCAGCAAAUCCGAAGAAGCUGACGAUGCCAAACAUCCAAUUCCUUUACCCGCUCGUCAUGUUUUCACUCGUAUGCUAUUGAAGCAUUACCACGAGCGCCUUCUACACGCAGGUCCCCAGCUUCUAUUGGGUACGGUAAGGUUGCGUUAUUGGCCUUUAGGAGGGAGAGACGUCGUUAGACAGAUCGUCCACAAAUGUCUACGAUGUUUUCGUGCUAAGCCAACCAGAAUUCAGCAAUUCAUGGGGGAGCUGCCAGCAUCCAGAGUUACAGUAUCACGUCCAUUCUCCCGAGCUGGCGUCGAUUAUUUCGGUCCAGUUUAUCUUCGACCAGCACUGCGACGGCCCGCUGUGAAAGCCUAUGUCGCGCUUUUCAUUUGCCUGUGUACCAAGGCCGUUCAUCUAGAGCUUGUUUCGGAUUUGUCAACUGAUCGGUUCCUUCAAGCUUUACGACGAUUUGUCGCGAGACGAGGGAAAUGUACCGACAUAUUUUCGGAUAACGGCACUAACUUCGUCGGGGCUAGGAACAAUUGCGAGAGUUCCUUAUGCUAUUAA